AUGGAUCCAAACUCCAUCUUGCUUUCUCCACAGCCCCGGAUCUGCUCCCACCUGGCAGAAGCCUGUAUGGAAGGUGAGAGAAGCUCAUCCCCUCCAGAGCUGGGUAGAGACUCCCAGUUUCCCUGGAGCCAGGUCCCCAGCCCUGCAGACCUGGAUGAACACAUCCAGGCCAAGAGGGCCAGAGUGGAGACCAUUGUCCAAGGCAUGUGUCUCUCCCCAAAUCCUCUGGUGCCGGGCAGUAUACAAGCUGGGGACACCCCACACUGCCCAGAGACGGCCCGAGAGAGGAAGAGGAAGCAGAGCCUUCCCACACAGCAAGGGCUCCUGAUACCAGCCCCUGACCGGCACCAAGGCAACAGGAAGGGGGGCCCUCACGUGAGAGAACAACUUCACCUGCUGAAGCAACAGCUAAGACAUCUGCAAGAGCAUAUCCUGCAGGCUGCUGAGCCCAGGAACACAGCUCAGGGCCUCAGAGGCUGUGGCAAGGGAAAAGGCCCUCUGAGCGCAAAGCAGAGAAAUGGCUGUGGGCCUUACCCCUGGGCUUCGAGCAGUGACCACCAGCAGGGUUCCAGCAAGGACUUCUCUGGGGCAGAAAAACACCGAUUGUCUGAGGCUGAAUACCAGUCUGAGGAUCCCAGGUUCCUUCCUUCUGGAGCACCAGCUUCACUGGAGAUUCUGAGAAAAGAGCUGACCAGAGCAGUGUCCCGGGCUGUGGACUCUGUAUUACAAAAGUUCAACCGCUGCAUUACCUCCCAGAUGAUCAAGUGGUUCAGCAACUUCCGUGAGUUUUAUUACAUCCAGAUGGAAAAAUUUGCCCGGCAAGCAAUUUCAGAUGGUGUCACCAAUCCCAAAAUGCUGGUGGUUCUCCGCAAUUCAGAACUGUUUCGAGCUCUCAAUAUGCACUAUAACAAGGGAAAUGACUUUGAGGUUCCAGAUUGCUUCUUGGAAAUCGCCAGCUUGACAUUACAGGAGUUCUUCAGGGCUGUCUCCGCAGGGAGAGAUUCAGAUCCUUCCUGGAAGAAACCCAUUUAUAAAAUUAUUUCGAAACUGGACAGUGACAUCCCGGAGAUAUUCAAAUCUUCCAGCUAUCCCCAGUAGCUGUUUCAGAGUUAAGAUCCCACAACGUGAGGAGUGACUGGCUAGGGUUUCCUGGGCUUGUACUGGAAAGCUGUAGUCACAUAAAAGGGCACAAAGAAAUAUGACUACUUUAGCCAUAGUCAUAUAAAAGGGCAUAAGGAAAUCCCCUCUACCAAAAUAGGUACUAUUACCAUUUCGAUCAUUUAUUUCCUUUUCCAGAAUCAUCAGAAAUUUAACUAUAAAAUAUACUAACUGUAUUGGUGCAUUGGUAGUAUAUUGUGAAAAGAAACACCAGUUUGGAACCAGAAGACAUGAAUCUCAACUCCAUUGCUUCCAGGGUGUUGUGACCCUGGGAACUCCCUGGUGUCUCUUAUCUGUAAAAUAAGGUUGUUAAGGAUUAAAGGACAGUGUGUCCUAUGCAAUGUUAUUCACACACAAAUGUUUUUUGAACCCCACUGUCACAUAAGGUUAUCUUAUUUGGGGUUUUUACAAAUUGCUGUUUUUAGUCACCUACUUAUAAAGCACCACCUAUUUGCCAGAUACUUUCACAUACUUUAAGCUUCUCACCCCGAAAAGCAGUUAUUAUUAUCAUUAAAAAAAAUAACCACCAGAAGCUUUAGAACUGCAAGGUAACUCGCCAAAGCCUAUGAGGCUAGGACAUCUGGGUUGAUGGGACGGUCAGGAGCCUCGAGGAACCAAGACUUUCUGAUGCUCAACUGCAUGCUGCACCACCUUCUGCUGCUAACUCAGGAUCUCGAACAGGACCCCACCCCAGUAAGCAUCCAGCAUUGGCAGGACACUGUCACCUGAAAACUCCUGCCCAAUACUUAGGAGCAAUUCACCACUCAAGAUUUCUGCUGAUCAUUUCAGCAAACCCAAGACAAACUUUCUGCAGGACUUGAAUGUUGUUGUUUAUUUACAUUUGUCUGCUGGAAGAGUUUAUCAGCUGGAUAAUGCAAAUAGUCUCUAGCUGACCACUGCAAUUGAUGCCCCAACCUCAUAUUUGCAGAAGAAGCUGAACUUCAGACUGUGAAAGGUAGAAAGGGCCUUUGGAGAUCAUCUGGCCCACCCUGCUUAAAUUAGGAAGGAAGAAGUGAGGUCCAGACAGGAGGCUUGCACAGGCUUGUGCACAGCCUUGCCGAUGCUAAAUGGCAUAACUGGGACAAAUGCAGCAUCACACAGCAAUGGAAAUUCUCCCGCUCCAUAACAAAAUUACAGUCCAUGGCUGACCUUCCACUGAUGCAGGAAUUCGUGAAAUCAAUUUUCCUCCCUACUGGCCCAACACAAAUUGUGACCCACUCUGAGCAUAUAGGCGAGAUGUGUGAAGCUGAGUAACUGCAUCUGUCUUCUAAGCUAGUCAGGAUCAAGUCUUUGUAUGCACUGCCAAAGGUACUCAGGGUGGGGUGGGGGUAACAGAUAGCUCAGGCUUUGUAGUCCUGAUAAGCCGUGUCUGUGAGUUCUUUAGCUUACUUCUUUCCUGUCUAUAUAAAACAAGUUUCCAUAUUCAGCUACUAAACUUCCAUGAUUUUUCUGGUGGGGUGCUAGCUGGAGCAGAUGAGAUAAAAUUCCUAAACUAUUACUAGAUCUAUCAGCAUAAAAAGGUAUAAAAGAUGAAUUUUCCUUUGAAUUUUCUCUUCAAACAGCUGAAAGGAAAAACGAAACAGACUUAGCUCAAACCCCUCUUUACAGGCUAUUUAAAGGUUAUUGUUAAGUGCCCUUCAAUAUAUCCAAUUGCACUCAGAAGAUCUUUGCCCUAUUUUCACAAAAAUGAAGGAAUCUGCCAAACCUAAGUUUUAAACACAGGCAAGCAUGGAGUGCUCAGAGCAAGGGCAAUCAGUUUUCUGGAGACAGUAGAAGAGCCCUCUAUCCAGAGUGACAUUGCAUUCAAGGGAAACAAGUUCACAUGACUGUCCAAUAGAGAGCAGCCCUUCUUCUGUCCCAAACCUGAAAUUCAUUAGUGUGUGUUUUAAAGACUGAGCCAAGUCACCUCCAGGGCAGUGAACUUUGUCUCAGGGACCAAUUAGAUGAAAUGUACAAGCUCAAAUUGAAAACAUUUGUGUACUGCAGUCUUUCCAGGAAGUGUUCUCUAACCACUGAGCUAAACACAGAAGAAUGUAUAAAUAUAUAUGCUCUGCC